AUGCCAGGGGAGCUCUUUCGCAAAGGUGGCCCCAAUGAUACAAUGCAGGCCCCAAGAGAUUCAAGCAGACCAAAGCGGAGUACGAAAAGAAGAAAUUCUAGAAAAAAAUCAUUAUCGCCAUCAGAUUUAAAAUGUGUUCGUGGGGACUCGAAAAGUGAGAACAAAUUGAACGGUAAAAGAUCAUUAUCCGAGGGGUCAGUGAAAGUGAAACAGAAGAAAAGUAAUAUACAAAGGACUUUGACCUACCCAAUUUCGUGUGCCGAUUUUGAAGAUGUUUCUGUAGAUGAGGUGUUUAGGAUGAAAGGUGAGCUCGGGCCUCCUGAGAGUGAUGAAUCGAAUUUGCCUCCAACGAGUAGCGAUAGAGACACCGAAGAUGACGUACGCGUUAUAGCCAAACCUGUGCCACACAGACCAAGAUGGGAUUCUGGAAGCGAGAUGGACUCUUUGGUUACUAUAGCCGUCAAGAAAGCAUCGGCCCGACGACGUCGUACGCCCGCUAACCUUGAUUGGGGCGUCCAUACUGAGCAAAGCGAAGUGAGUGAGCCCGAGGCCGGUCGCAUGCGUCCCGAGGACUAUCGUCUCGUGUUUCUAAGUUCAGACUCCUCCUGUCGCGAGGACACGGAAGACUCGGCUUCCACUGCGUCCUCUGCCGCGCCGCCCGCGCCCGACGAUUGUGAUUGGGACUAUUUCGAGCCGGGCGCGGCGGCAGCACCUCUACCAUCACCCCCAUCGACAAAGCACAUACCGCCAGCGUGUCCACGUGCUUGCUCCUGUGGCGCCGAACCACGUAUAGUCGCCGUACCUGUGCCAGUACCCGUGCCGGUUCCAGCUGCGCUUUGGCCGGCACUUCUCGCUUUCCCCACACAGACGCCACCCACCCCGCAUUGGAGUACGUAUCCGGGAUUUCCACCUCUCGAUGCUGCGGCUCUCGCACGGCUCACGACGGCCGCCGCCGUCGCAGUCACCGCCGCCGCCACCGCGUCCGCUCUACCGCAAAAUAGACUCGAAAUGACCAUAGAAAGAACUGAUAAAGCGAUACAGUCCGAGCUACAAGUGCCCGAGACCGAUAACGAUAAGGAAGAUAAGAAUAUUGAACGCACAGUCGAACAUGAAACUUUGGACGGAAUUAAGGUGAUCGCCGAAAAUUCAAUUCCAGUGCUAUUGGAACCCGUGGACGCGAUGCCUGACCAUCUGGAAGCGGAAAAAGCCUUUCCGUCUUCGAAUGAAUCUGCCAAUUCAAGUGAUUCUGAAGCCGGUAUCGCUCGGCGAAGCUAUGACCUGCGUAGUGGCGCCCCGGAGGAGCCGGCGACGUCGGAUGAAGACUCGGACGACUCAGGGGGAGGAGGGGGUCAAUUUUCUCGAGUCUUCGUAGUUAACCCUGCGGAUUCAUCUUCUGACAUGGAGGAUAAUGCCGAUAGCAGCGGUAUCGACUGUGACGACUCCUACGAUAAAAAGUCAGAUAGUUUAGAGAUAAUUGCCGCAGAAAUACCAUUACAAAAUAACAUAAAUAUUGAGCCGGAAAUGAAUGAAAAUGUUCCUCAAAAUAAUGAUAACGUUGUAUUUUUGGAGUCCGUUCACUUUUCACAAGAUUUUCCGAUGGUUCAAUAUAGUGGUGAAAUUAGUGAAAAUGCUUCCAAAAAAUCGAAUUUUGUUCAAUAUUGCGACGAAAAUAUGUUACGAAGUGAAGUUUGUGAAAAAUAUAAUAGUUUUAAUACUAUUAGUGACGCCUAUUCGAGCUCAAGCUGGGGUUAUCAAAAUAAUGUAGAAAAUAACUGUAAUAGUAGUAUUUUAGAAAAUAUAGAGUGUGAUUCUUUAGAUAAUUCAUUUAAUUCAGACUGUAAUAUAAAAGUCUCCGUACAAUUGCCGUUAUGUGAUAAUAACAACGAAAAAAUAAUUUCAAAAGACUCGAGACACGAGCAAUUAAGAAAAUUAUCACCCUCACCGGAACUAAAACAAGAGCAAACGAGUUUGUCGACCUUACCAACAGCAACAGAAGAAAAAAUAGACCUGUUUAAAGGUAUUGAACGCACGCUUAGUGAGUUAUUGAAGAAAGAAUUAAUGGAGGACCAAGGGGAGGAGAAAAUGCACGGUUCGCGGCCGGUUUGCGCCGAGACGGAGGGGAGCGCGGGCGCACCUGUAGCGGCAACAGUUUGCCGUUCGCGCCCGGCGAGUGUGGAUGGUUCCGCGCGUUUUACUAGCCGCGUUAUGAUAACGCACGAUCGUGUCUCCGUUGUCACGUCAGACACGACGCGACUCAUGCGUGACAUUACAGUGCAUCACACUAACUUGCAAAACGAACCGGAACCGGACACUGGUGAACAAAACGAAAUAAACGAACGAUCUGACGACGAAUCGGCGCAACCUUCAAGUGGAGUGACUGUUGUUAGUAAUGCCAACACUCUCUCAGCGGUCGUGUGUCUCGAGGAGGGGCUAGCAGAUGACGACUCGUGGGUCGAGGACGUCAGCCACGACGAUGUCACUUCACCAUCGGACACGGAUUCGGGGGACGAAGCGACUUUACCCACGCGUGGGGAAGACUUCGCUUACUGUAGGCGGUCUUUAGAUUUUACGUUACAUACGAUAGUUGAAGAAAGUUGUGAAGAAAGUGAAACCGAACAUAUUAUUAAGAAACAGCGUCCUAUUUCGGCAACUGAGCUCGAAAAAUAUUUUUUCUUCGGCUUAGGGGAGGGAAGGGUUGUUCGCGAAGAUGAAGACGCGGUAUCGGAGACAUCGAGUGUAUGCAGUGAGGGUGCAGAAUCGUUUGUUGAUACGGAGCAACCGCGAAAGAGUGGUGAUAGUGACGAACUUGUAUCUUCGCGCUUAGAAAAUUAUUUCUUGUCUGGCUUUAUGGGUUUUAAUCAAGAACGGCGUGACUCUGAUGGAUCUGGAAGUGUUGGUAGUGAUAGUGAGGGGAAACAAAGUCCCGAACAAAGGCGGAAAAGGUUAGUUAGAGCUCGAGGUACGCCUCGAUCCCAUUCAUCCUCUUUAGAUAAUUUAUUAACCGGCGAUGAACCUUCUCAAGAUAAUCAAGAAUCAUCAGAUGGCUCGAGUACAGAAACAGAAGACCGCCACGAGUCUCUAGAAAGGCUUGAUGUACAAGGUGAAACAAAACGAAAAAAGACUAAAAAACCACGAGGAUCGCCAGCUGACGAAAGACGACAGUCUGUUGAAUUUCCCGAAGAAACACGUGACGAUACGCGAUCUGUAUCAGAGGGUGAGGAUGGAAGGUUGUCACCUCGUACUGAAUUUCCACCUUUAGGAUCUGAACUUUCAGAGUCUAAAAAACAAACAAGUAGAGAUAGUGGAUUCGUAGGUAGUUGCGACGAUUUAUUGAGAAACGGUGACAGCAGCUCAGAGUUCACCAGAUCUCACGAACCUAAAACAGAACUAGAAGAAAUUAUAGAGGAAGUGAGGCCUGAUGUUGAUGAACGCGUCGAGCGACCACCUUCAUCUCGACCGCCUCCAAGUCCGCUCACGAGAAAAGAUAGCUUUAAUAAUUGGUCAUCUGACGAAGAAACAAACUUAAUGAUGACAAAAAUGCGUCAAUUUUUCAAACAGAUGAUUCACACGGCAAACGUGCGAACAUCAACUCCAGCAUCUUCAAAUUCAGAGAGCCCACGUCCGCCUAAACCACCGCAAUUACUUUAUUUUGAAAGUGAAUUGACUAGAUUAAUGAAAACAGUUCCGGGCAUUCGAGACGAGGAAGUUCGAGAAAUCGUAGAAUAUUUAUCUAGUGAAGAUACAUGGAGUGACUCGUAUGAUUCUUCUGAUUAUGCUGGUUCCGAUUUAGAAGGUACAGCAAAUCGGUCGGCGUUAAGAAGGCAAAUCUCAGAGAGUUGUCGUGAGAUAAUAGACGAAUUUGACCGUGGUAAUAGCGAAGCUGGCUCUUUAGAGCGAGACGCGGUAGGUGCAUAUCAAAGGUUGGCAGCGACGCUUGGCCGAGCUGGAGAUGGAUCCCCACCCUUAUUUGGGAAAGUGAUGCGGCAUAUAGGCGGUAGAUUAGUAGCACUGAUGCAUGAGGUGUCAGCAGGUGCAUCGCCGAGUACAGAUGACGAUAGCGCCUCAGAACCAGGAGCGUUAGCGCGUAGUCGAUCUCAUGAUAUUUUAGAGGCCACAGCAAGUAGAGGCAGUGUCGCGAGUGACUGUGAGAGAUUUUCGUGGCGUGGUAGUUUCGAAUCUGCUUUACUUGCCGCUGAUUCUCGAGGAACUCUGGGUGGUGGUGCUGAAGCGAGGAGAUCCCCUGCAGGAGCUGAUCUCGCAGCUCAAAAAUCUCAUUCGAGGAGCUGUGGUGCUAUUAGUGGCAGUGAGGAUCGGCUGUGGCGUGGAAGGCGGCGUGCCUCGGCGCCAGAUGCAGAGUCUGAAGAAGAGCAACGCGCCGGGUCACUACCGCGGCUCCCAUCCGUCACCGGUACAAACACAGUACCGGCAGGUCCGGUGAAGUCAGCACGGUAUCGUGCGCCGGGCUUCAGGACUGCGACUAGGGCGGCUUCAGCGCCGGGCCUUCAUGUUCCUAGACGACGUAGGGCUCCGCCCACGCCUCAACCGACGGCACCCUCUGCGCCUGCAUCCGCCCCUAGCUUACAGGAAUGCAAACAUAAUGAUACUUGUGAAUCAAGUUGUAAAUAUCGUCUCUUC